AUGAAGAAGAUGUCUUCCCUUACUACACUCAUCAGCGCCUCAGCCAGCGCAACCUCUACUUCCACCCCUAAACACGGCUCACACUCUGACAAAACCGCCAUCAUCGGCAUGACUCUCGGAAUGGUCUUCGCAUUCUUCAUUCUCAUCUUUCCCUGCAUAUGCUUCCAGGGACUGGCACACUUGCAGCAAAAGAGGGAGGAGAGAAAGGAAGCUGAGGAACGGGCGAGGGCGGAUGCGGCGAUCGGGAGGAUGAUUGAAGAUGAACAGAGGAGGCUGAAUAUUUGGGAGGGCGUUUGA